GGAAGUCCCCAUCAUCUCUGCGGACAACCUUGAUGAAGCACAGCUUUUGGCAUGACAUUCCACACGAAUGCACCUCGAGCGUUUAAAGCCAACUUAGUCACGAUGGUCUAGUCUGCUUUUCUUACUGGUGGCUUAGUCUACUUGUCGUUAUCAUGUCGUAAGACAUGUCAUUCUCGUCUGGGCGGUGACAUGGACGUAACAUGUAUUAGACUCUUAACACAACUGAAGUGCGAUGAUAGACGCCUCUUCGGUGCAUACUGAUGAUAUCUGUUUCCUUGUUUGCUCGCUCGCUUGCUUGCUUGCUUGCUUGUGACCGUGCCCCAUACCUACCACACGCGUACUUGUAUUUAGAGGCACUCAUAUCCCCCGAAAUUUUACACAACGGCGUAUUUCACAUUCCUUCCCUCGUCUCUCACUGCCUACCUAGGUACCCACCUAGUACUUGUGUGACACUUAGUCAAGAUGGCUGUUGGCAUCCAGUCGAAAGUCAAAUCCUUCUUCCGUUCAAACCUAAAGAGAAGAAGGAGAUUGAGCAGCCCAUCUUCUGAAUACGAAUACAAGAAAUUGAGGAAUACAUCGGCCACAACAAUCGAGGAUGAUGUCGGCCCCAAACUUGAUCUUCAGCUCGAGAGCCCGUUCUUCCGCAACUUACCUAUUGAGAUAAGGCGGAUGAUAUACGAGCUUGUCUGGAGUGAGCCUCAUGACCACAAAUAUCAUACGCUACGGGGACGACACAUCCACUUCGUAGAUGGCCACUGGAUUAACAUGAGAUGUGUCAUGUAUGAGGACGACGAGGAUCUAGAUCUCAUCCAGAAAAAUAUGGACAUAGUUCACAACUCCGGAAAGGGAGAUCUAGUAAUGUGGCAACAGCGGCUGGCAUCGACUUGGGGCGGCCGUCAUUGGAGAUGCGAGGAAAGAGUCCAGUACGGUACACAAAAGUCCGUAGAUGGGACAAACUUCAUGUCCAUGAUGCUCGUUUGUAAACGAAUGUUACCUGAGGUUAUGGAAUCCAUACUCGAAUCGCACCAGUUCAUCUUCAACGACUUUUUCUCGGCGCACAGGUUUUUCACCUGUAACCCAUCGCCAUAUAUCACACAUAUCCGCCACCUUGAUCUAUCACUCAGUCUUCCCUUCUACGAAUAUGCCCCGUUCAUCGUGGAUAGACCUAAGAGCAGAGUCCGAGAGUUGUGGGAAGCGCUAGAACGUAUCUCAUGUCUGCACGACCUGCGCAUAUCCUUAGACAUCUACGAUCACGGCCCGUGGCGGAAGAUUCCUGAGCGGGGCGUCACCGCACAACUCAAAAACCUCGAGGUGUUAGGAAAGUUUACCGUAGAACUACCGCCCUCGCUACCUAUCAGGACGCAUACUCCUAACAUGCAAAAUCUCGACGCCCACGAGGAGCUGCCAUUCAAAAUAGUACGCCGCCCCCCACUGAGGUACUGGCAAUUUACUCCGGGUGAUGUGGAACGGUUUGGGUGGAAGACGCAUACAAAAGGCCAGCAGAGCCACUGUUUCAUUACUAUUGAUAGGGCGGCCAGACGAAUCCCCAAUCCCUAUUUGUUGGAUUUAUUCUAAACGAGGCGAGAGAGACUGGAAACGGUUAAAGGUCAUGUCGAUUAAAAGCUCUAUCUAUCUAAUGGGUAUAAGAAAUCAGCGCGAUACCUAUCCUAAUACAGGUUUCCCUGCCGGCACCACCCCCCCCCAAAACAAUAAUUAUUCUCGUCCAACAACUC